GAGGCCAUUCAGCCCCUUCCCCAGCCUGUUACACAGGGGGACAGCAGGAGGCCAUUCAGCCCCUUCUCCAGCCUGUUACACAGGGGGACAGCAGGAGGCCAUUCAGCCCCUUCCCCGGCCUGUUACACAGGGGGACAGCAGGAGGCCAUUCAGCCCCUUCCCCAGCCUGUUACACAGGGGGACAGCAGGAGGCCAUUCAGCCCCUUCCCCGGCCUGUUACACAGGGGGACAGCAUGAGGCCAUUCAGCCCCUUCCCCGGCCUGUUACACAGGGGGACAGCAGGAGGCCAUUCAGCCCCUUCCCCAGCCUGUUACACAGGGGAACAGCAGGAGGCCAUUCAGCCCCUUCCCCAGCCUGUUACACAGGGGAACAGCAGGAGGCCAUUCAGCCCCUUCCCCAGCCUGUUACACAGGGGAACAGCAGGAGGCCAUUCAGCCCCUUCCCCAGCCUGUUACACAGGGGGACAGCAGGAGGCCAUUCAGCCCCUUCGCUAUAUUUCAGGUCGAUUAGGGCUGAUCUACAUGGUAGUUUUCUAUCUCACUUUCCCCUCUGUCUCUCUUUGCUCCCAGUGGCGUGCCCGAACUUUGACCUCAGGAUAUGAGGCCAUGGCUUGGGCCUCCCAGUCCAAGAGAAGCCUCCAGGACACGGAGAGCCUGAACAGCGCGAUGGAGGAGCUGACCGACACCUUGAACACGAGGCUGGACCUCAAUGCAGACGACGGCAGCUCCAUCGGCUCUGACUCUGAGAUCAAUGGAGCCCCGGCCUACCGCCAAACGGACAAAUACGGGUUCAUCGGGGGUUCGCAGUUCACUGGAGAGAGUGAGGAAGUCUCCACAGAGGUGCUGCGACAGAGAGAAAUGAAAUGGAUCGACAUGACAAAAAACUGGGACAAGUGGAUUACAAGGAAAUACAAAAAGGUGCAGUUACGAUGUCGGAAGGGUAUUCCAGCCUCCGUGAGAGCAGCGGGUUGGCCCACCCUGUGUGCAGCCUACAUCAAAAAGCAGGAGAAUAAAGGAGUGUAUCAGAGGUUAGUCCAGGCGCCAGGGGACAGGCAGUGGCUGGACGCCAUCGAGAAGGACCUGCACCGGCAGUUCCCCUUCCACGAGAUGUUCGUCUCCCGAGAGGGAAAUGGGCAGAGGGACCUCUGUAACAUCCUGAAGGCCUACAGUGUGUACAAACCUGAGGAGGGAUACUGCCAGGCGCAGGGGCCCAUCGCCGCUGUCCUCCUCAUGCACAUGCCAGCCGAGGAUGCUUUCUGGUGUCUGGUUCAAAUCUGUGAACUGUAUGUCCCAGGAUAUUACAGUCAAGGCCUGGAGGCAGUGCAGCUCGAUGGGCAGGUCCUGUUCAGCUUGCUGAGGAAGGUCAGCACCGUGGCAUACAGACACCUGAAGAAACACCAGGUUGACCCCCUCAUUUACAUGACAGAAUGGUUCAUGUGUCUCUUCUCUCGUACCCUGCCCUGGGCCACGGUGCUGCGUGUGUGGGAUAUGUUCUUCUGUGAAGGAGUGAAGGUCAUAUUCCGAGUCGCUCUGGUCCUCCUGAAAGUCAGCUUGGGAUCCUCAGACAAGCUGAAGGACUGUCAGGGGCUGGUGGAAACUCUGGAGAAACUACGGAGCAUCCCACCCAGAUUCCUACAGGAGGAUUUCAUCAUUCAUCAGGUCAGCGAGCUCACCAUCACUCAGAGGGACAUCGAACAGGAGUGUUCCCGGCAGCUGAAGAAGUGGAGGAAGCGGAAGGGGGCGGCCGUCGGGACAGCUAACGCUCGCGUCCGCCUGUAUGGUGCCAGGCAGGUCCAUGACUGUCGGCUGCCAGCCCAGGCGGGCCCACAGCCCUGGCAGGAGGAGCUGGCCGCAGCCCGGGGACUCCCCGCCAUCGUGAUCAGCAAACCCCAGGAGGAGCGGCCGAGGAAGGAGCCCCAGGCCGGGGAUCUCUCCAGGAGCAAACCGGCAGCCCGCUCCCGCACAUUCUAUGUUCAGCGCAGGCACAAGCCCCCUCCGGUGCCCACGAGGGGCAUCUCGCAGAACUCGGUGCAGGAAACGCACAGGCCCAAACGUAACUCGGAACCCCUCAUUUCGGACACUUACUUCUGA